AUGACAGUCCAUUUGAUCAAUAUGUUACUUUUAAGAUAUUUGGAUAUCAUAACCCACUUGAUCUCAUGUCUUAAUAUUAUCCUCAUAUUAAGUUGAAGACAAACUUAAGUCUGAAAAUAUUUAGAUGCACAAUUUAUGUUCAUGUACAAAAUUUAGGAGGUAAACUCAAUCUAAAGGCAAUUAGAUGUGUGUUUGUAGGCUACUCUAUGACCCAAAUGUUACAUUUAAUGAAUAGGAAAGCUACUUCUCAUCCAUAUGAGCGAUGCAAAUUGAAGUCAAGGGAUUAUCUAGUCAAGACAUUUUUAUAAUCUAGAUUAAGCCACUAUCAAUGAUGAAUUCAUCUCAACCAAAAGAUCAGAAUGUCCACGAGUAUAUCGUUUUUAUGAUAUACUCGAAAACCAAAAUGUAUAACAAAGAUGGACAAUACAUCAUAGAACCUACAUGCACCUAAAGGUAACUCUAAUACAAAGAAUCAACCAAACUAUAGUGAAAUUUUAGAAGGUAAUGAGGAGAAUAUUUAAAGCCCAAAAGUAUUGACCGAAGAAGAUCAAGUUGGUUGGACAAUUAUCUUCAGGAAAGGUAUUAAAACUUACAUAAAGAAAAUAUUAUAUCCUAUGUCUAAUUUUGUGGCAUAUGAAUGA